AUGGAUAAACUUCGUAUAUACUCAUAUAUAAAAACUCGUUGGUUAUUAGGUUUAACUGCUACACAAGUUCAUAAUGAAUUAACUGCUGGCUAUAGACCAGGUGUUGUUUCAUAUAAUGGCCUUGAACUUUAUCGAGCUUUCUACGAUUUGAAUACUCGUAUAAAUAAUAUUCUAAAUUGUAUAUCAAAUAUCAGUUUUCAACCGAAUUCUCCAACGGAUGCUAAUGAUCCAUUCGUCAAGCGAUUUGCUCGACGUGUCGUUCACCUAAAAGUUUAUCGACCGGAUUAUGUUGAUGCAACUCGUUUUUCGAACGUUCAUUCACUAGAAUUUUAUGAUUUUCUAUCUCAACAACAAUUGACACAGAUUCGACAUGAAUAUUUUACUCAUCUUGUGUAUCUUCGAAUGGGUUAUAUAGAAGACUCUGAUAUUGCAUCGAUUUUCUUUCAAAUGAUUUUUUCCAAUGGAUUUCCAUCUUUGUAUAAAUGUAUUUUGGAUGAACUUACUCCACCUGAUUCGAAUCAUCGAUGGUUGAGUUCACCUUCAAUUCGCUCGCUCAUCAUUGAUGGAUUUGCUUUACCUGUUUAUUCAUUUAUACUUACUUCUUGUUCAAAUUUGACUCAUCUACAUUGGUCGAGAAUACUAUGCACAGAUGUAGACAUUGAAGCGGUUCCUAUUCGACAUACUCAUCUGAAACGUCUUUACAUUCGAACAAUAAAUAUUCGAAACGUCGAAACUAUUCUUAGUCAUGUGCCUAAUCUUAAUCGACUACAUAUUGUUUCCGAUUGGUUUCGUGGAAAUAAUUGUCGACCACUCGAUUUCAAACAAUUAGCUCAUAUUCUAGUUCGAUGUGUUCCUUGUUUACAACAUUUCGAUUGUGAAACAAUGGAACGAAAUCCAACUGAUAUUGAUACUAUUCCUGAAUUUCAUCUAUGUUUCAGACGCAUUCAAACUGAACUAGUGCCUGAUGGUCGUACACGAUUUUUCACCAUCGAACGAAGUACUUUAUGA